UGACGCGCGGCGCGCUCCCGCGGGGUCUGAUUUAAACGCGCGCGCUCGCGUCGCGUCACUGAGACGGACCUGAAGUGACUCGCAGAUAAUUCGUCAAACUCGCUCUCUUCGGCUGUUUCGCGAUGUUUCAGUGCAUCAUGUGAAACUGGUCAGUCGGGUACGUGGAAAUGCUCGGACCAUUUCACACGACCCCUGACCUUUCCUGCCCGACCCUUUGAGACGCCGAGCCCUGGACGCUGUAAGCAUGGACGUUCACCUGCACAAGAGCCGGGCGCUUCACUACGGCCUGAACGACCGGCCCGAUGAUGAUCUGCAGUUCCUCAGUCUGGAGGAGCGGGAGUGUAUUUUGUUCUUCGAGGAGACCAUCGACUCCCUGGAGGAGGAGGAGAAGAAGACGUUCGGCAGAGCUCCCCGCCACAGCCCUGUAGAUCAGGACAUCAUUGACCUGGUGCACCCUUCACCCGACCCCAGCAAACACACGGACUCGCCGCCCGCCGGGCCAGAUUUCCAAGAGCUGAUUGUGCCCCCAGAGAGCCAUUUUGAACUGAAGCCAAAACGAGAGCUGGAUGUCCCAGACGGGCUUCACGACGGGUUCGGACAUCAGCCGCCCGCAGGUUCGGUCCCUACCCCGGUUGUCAUCGCCAGCAAGAUCGCGGAGCACCAGGGCGCAGGCGGCGCGUCUGCAUCGCAGCUGCUCCAGCGCAGACGCAGCCUCGAGUCCCCGACGACCCCCUCGGCCAAACACGGCCCUCCGACUCACACCAAACCCUCGCGUCUCCCCGACGGCCUCGGCGUGUUGAGGAGCAGCCGCGAGCACAUCCCCCACUCGAUCGCCACCGAGGCCGUCAGCGUCCAGGAGCGCCGGGCGCAGGCCCUCGCCAGCCUCACCGGCCCCGCGCACCCUCUGGACGGAGGAGAGCCGGCCUGCGUGCGCAACCUUCCCAUGAGGAGCAUCUCGUUCCGGGAUCCCACGCCGGACAAGUCUAGGAUGGAGGCGCUGUCGAAGCUCGGACUCGCUCAGAGGCGAGCGCAGUCCGUCGUGCAGACGUCUCCGAGGGAAUCAGAAAACCUCAAGACCGGCGGCAACGUGCUCAACGUCAGCUAUAAAGCUAGCGCUAGCGGCGACGUCCCCGUGAUGGACACUACAGACCACUGCCAAACCAGAUCCAGCCCUGCACCAACCGUGACCAGCGCUGAAGUCAAUCACACUGAUCUCAACAGCUACGGUUCCAGUAGGACGGAGGCACUUUCGAAGGUUGGACUCGCUCAGAGGCCAACGCAAUCCGUCAUGCAUUCAUCUCCGAGAGAGAGCACCGCGUUCAACAUUAGCAGUCCAGCUAGCGCUAGCGCCGACGCCCCCGUGAUGGACACUACAGACCACUGCCAAACCAGAUCCAGCCCUGCACCGGCUUUAACGAGCGCCGAAGUCACACACAGUGAUUUCAACAGCUACGGCGGGAAGAGCAUCACUUUACCCAACAACAUCCUUCAGGAGCGAGGGCCCUUCAUCCUCAGCGCCCAGAACGGAGUCUGCGGAGAUUCACAGCAACAGCUUUGGCGGCAGAUCGCGAGUCAUGACUCCGUCCCAGCCAAACCAUCGGCCCCAAACCAGGACCGUCGCCCCGGUCAAAGAGGACCGCUCCAGCUCCUACAGGACUCCGAAAGAAGACGUAGCCCAGAGGAAAGCGUCGUACUCCGAAGCGCCCGUGAAGCAGCCGCCCGCGCUCCGAAGCCACCGCGCCACCAGACUCCCCUGAGUCCCACCAGCUCUCGCCCCGCCCCGCUGUCCCCGGAGCUACGCCGCAAGUCUCUGCCAAAGCCGUCCUUCCGCACUCAGGGAGUAACGGUGCAGUUUUCUGGGAGAGGAGCCACGGACGAGGCCAGGCGUGAUGCUCUGCGCAAGCUAGGACUGCUGAGGAACACCUCGUAAGGGACCGUUAUUAAUCAGGAGAAGAUGAAGAAAUAAUCUUUCCAUUGAUGUCUGGUCUGUAAGGACAGGACGAUAUCGGGCUGAGAUAAGUGUUGGAGUCUGAGGAGGCAAACAAAGGCAGAUGUCCACUGAAUUCCUUAGCAGUGCAUAUUACAUUUUGAUAUUUAUGGUAGGGAAAUUAUUUAACUUCCUAAUGAUUUUAGGCAUAAAUGUGCUGCUCAGGACUGCGUUUACGCUCCAGGCUCACAAACGUUCACUAACUAAUAACUAGACUCCAGUAAAACAGUUGAUAAGCGAUCGGUUAACCCGUGCUGGGCAGAUUAGGUAGAAACUGCAGUUUGCUACCAAGUUACAUCACAUCUAACCUGUUUAUAUAGGAUCAUUUUAUACCAUGAUGAUCGAAGACCACAAAUAGAAAAGUAAUAGUAUAAAUCUCACUACAUAAACACUAUAUGUUAGGGUUUGCAAAACUGAGGUUACAAGGGAAGUGUGAAAAAUGUAUCUUAACAAGAAUCACAUUUACGUAAACCAGUAGUUUUAAAAUGAAAACAGCGGUGACUGUUAGCAGACAUCAGAGAAGGGCCAACAUGCAUGUGUUACUUACUGACUUGAUUCCUAAUUAUCUAUAAUCUCAGGGAGACUUAUAUUAAAAUGUCAAAGAGUUUCAGCUGACCAAAAAAAAUUAAAGCAUUAAAAUUAGAUAUGCAAUAUUAGGAAAAAGCAUCUUAAAAGCGAAAUGAUGUAAAUAGAGGAUUAUUAGAGAGUUUACUGCCACUUUGUGAAGAUUUAUUCUAUACUAAAGUAACUGUAGUCUAAUUAUUAGUAUUUUAGAACGGUAGAAAGUAUUUGUAAUAGUGAUUUACCUAGCACUGAUUUCAGUCAGUCAUAUGUAUAUAUGCACAAACAACACGGGCAUUACCUGAAGACUUCCUGAAGGUCAGAGCAGGGUUUAGGAUCAUCUGUUGGACAGCAGUUCAAAUGCAACCUUUGAGAAAACCAACUAACACUCUUUCACUGUUUUGUUGUUGUUUGUUUGUUUGAUUAAGACGUUCUAGAUCAAGAUAAUCAAACCUUUAAAGACCCCAAGCAGUCCUUCUAUCUAAAACACACACCUUUAUUGUAGAUGUAGCUGCUUGAGGUGUUGAGCAUGUGGCGUAUGGAAACACUCAGCCCGGAUGCAGCCAUCUUUAAUUGGCACAUGACUCCAGAGCUGAGCCAAUCACUCGAGUCUUAAUUGUCAUGUGACUGAUGACUCCUCCCCCUGACUCUUCCUGUAAUUCGGCUAUGUUUAACAAUACAAAAAGGGAAUUUCAAAAGCCAGUUAACUAAUAACUAAUUAACUUAAUUGCCUCUUUUUUUUCUUUUUUUUUUUUUGCCUUUUUAGUUUUUUAAUUUUUAAUUUUUAUUAUAUUCUUAGAAUUUUUAAAACUAACCAUUUUGACUUUUUGGUAAGUUUUGGGGGAUUUUACUGUUAAAUAUUAGUCAAACAAUUAAUUGCAUCCAAAGUAAAAGUUUUUGUGUGUGUGAGUGAAUGCGUGAGCAUAUUUCUGAGUGUGUGUGUGUUACUUUUUUAUUAUAUAAAU